AUGGACCCCGCCUCCGUCUUCCCGUUCCUGCUGCUGCUGCUCCUCCCACCCGCCGCGCUCCUCUUUUUCAUCGUCGUCCUCGGGAAGCUCUCUGGGACCCUCGGCCGCCGCCCCAGUGGUCUCCCCCCUGGCAGCCUCGGCCUCCCGCUGCUGGGCGAGACGGUGCGCCUCAUUUCUGCCUACAAAACCGAGCACCCGGAGCCGUUCGUCGACGAACGCCUCCGGCGCCUGCGGCUGGGCCAGAGGGUGUUCACCACCCACCUCUUCGGAGAGCCCACCGUCUUCUCCGCCGACCCCGAUGUGAACAAGCAGGUCCUCCAAGGCGAGGGACGCCUGUUCCAGAGUAGCUACCCCUCCUCCCUAACGACUCUGCUAGGGCGGCGCUCCCUGCUUGUUAUGCGCGGCGCCUUCCACCGCCGUAUGCACGCCCUCCUCAGUGCCACCAUUGCCAGCCCCACCGUUAUCCGCGACCACCUCCUCCACGACAUCGACCACCUCAUCCGUCGUACCCUCGACUCGUGGGAGGAGAAAGCAGACGGCAGCGAGCUCAUGGCCGGCAGGCGGGUGCUGCUGCAGGAUCAGGCAAAGAAGGUAGGUAAACUGGCAGAAGGAGCAGUUUGAAACCCACAACUGGCGCUAAUCCGGGCUGUACUGACUGUUUCCGGUCGCAGAUUACGUUCGAGCUGUCGGUGAAGCAGUUGAUGAGCAUAGAUCCAGGGGAGUGGACGGAGGGACUGAUGAAGGAGUAUCUUCACCUCAUCGACGGCUUCUUCUCCAUCCCUCUUGCCUUCUCCUUCACCACCUACGGCCGGGCUCUCCAGGCGGGUGCCUCCGCCCUACUCUGACUUUCUCAUAUCGGUAGCUAUAUCCUCCAUUCUCUGCCUUUCUCUCUGAUUCCAAGUUUCGACGCGUGAUCUACCAGGCGCGGAGCAGGGUGGGAGAGUCGUUGAGCUCGGUGGUACGGGAGAGGAAGCAGGAGAUGGUGCAGAGGAGGGCGGAGGACGGCAAGCAGGUGGAAGAGGAGGUGGAGCUGAAGCAUGGGAUGAGCAAGAAGAGACGGAGCCCGGACCUGCUGGGGGCCCUGCUGGAGGCGGAGUCUGAGGACGGGGUGGAGUUCACGGAGGAGGAGGCCGUGGAUUUUCUGCUGGCCCUUCUGGUGGCCGGAUACGAGACGACGUCUAUGAUCAUGACCUUGGCCGUCAAGUACUUGGCAGACCACCCCCGUGCCCUCGCUCUCCUCCGGGUACGUGCCCUGUCUUGCCUUACUCUUCCUCCCCCGUGUGCCUCGCCGCCCAUUCUCUGGAUGUUCUUCUGUCCCUGCGUGAGUCGCCCCUUCCUGGUCGCUCAUCGCCAUCAAUGCCCCCACCGCCGCCGCCGCCGCCGCCGCCGUCGUCGUCGUCGUCUCGUCUUAGUUAAGCAUAGAGGGCUGGUGGGUCUGGGGCUUGUCGCGACUUCUCGAGUCAAGUUCUCUCUCUCUCUCUCCAGGUUAUUCCCUAUAUAUUAUAGGGAGGGGGGGCGGUUUUCGUGGACGGGUUCUGGGUUCUUCCUCGGGCUGGACACGAGAGGGAGGAACGAGAUCAUUUGUUAUUGUUGUUGGGGAAGAAUUGUUGUCGCAGGGAGACCCAGCAUAGUGACCCGGGGCUGGACUGAAAACCAGGCUCUGCAGGUUCUAUGGAGGCUCUCUUGUGGGACGUGAUUGUCGGAGGAGGGAGAAAGUCUCCCUGACUGCCACCGUCGGCAUUGCACGGUCUAAUAUUAUUUUACUUUCACAUUGCCGGGAGGGGGCUCAGCCUUGUUUGUCGUGGUCGCGCAGGAGGAGCAGGGGGAGAUCCGGAGGAGGAAGGAGGAGACGGGGGGACACCCCGACGACGUCUUGGACUGGGCGGACUACAAAUCCAUGUUGUUCACCCAGUGCGUAAGUUACCGCCACCCUCCACUCCAGUCCACUCCCGCCGUGGAUGGCGCAGAGCCCAAAGGAGCUCGCUUUGUCGGGGCCGGCUUACUUGGAGCCCCGUCCCCUCCCGUAAUAACCUUAGUGCAGCGGCAGCAGUAGCAGCCAUUACUGCGGCGGCCUAGCUUCCGCCUACUCGUCCUUUUACGCGCCUAUCGUAAACCAUCCCCAUUUUGCUCCUUACGACGCAAUAGGAGCAGUAGUCGUCCCCACCUUCGCUUUGCAGAACUUCCGGUAUUAACGAGGGCUACUGAGUAACACUCCCUUGGAUGAAAACAGGUGAUUAACGAGACGAUGCGGUUGGCCAACAUCAUCAGCGGAGUAUUCAGGCGUGCCACCGCCGAUGUCCCCAUCAAAGGUAUCACCAUCCCCCCCUCCUCCACUGCCCCCCACAUCCCCGAGGUCUCUGUGGUCGGUUGGAUGUGUCAGUUUGACCGCCCGCGUGGCGCCGGCGUUUCAGCCCGGGGACCGCCGCCGCGACUGCGGUUAGAGGGUUGCUGAAGCACUGAUAUGCCGAGCGUAUGUGGCUGUGGGCGCAGGAGGGUACACCAUCCCCAAGGGCUGCAAGGUGUUUGCCUCCUUCCGGGCAGUCCACAUGGACCCCACGUACUAUACCGACGCCCGCAGCUUCGACCCUUGGCGUUGGUGGUCGGCCGGCGGCGCGAAUGGCCGGCAGCAGGGCGGCGGGGCAAGCGUCUUCUGCCCCUUUGGCGGGGGCCCGCGCUUCUGUCCCGGCUACGAGCUCGCCCGCGUCGAGAUCUCGGUCUUCCUCCAUUACCUCGUCACCCGAUUCAACUGGGAACCUGCGGAGGAGGAUAAGGUCGUCUACUUCCCCACGACGAGGACCGUCAAAGGAUACCCCAUCACCGUCCGCCCACGCCACCGCGCCCCUCCCAACCCCGAUGUGCGAGGUUGCUACUAA